AUGGCUGAUACCGUUGGCAAAACCAUUACGUGCAAGGCCGCCGUGGCCUGGGAGGCAGGCAAGGAGCUGAGCAUUGAGGACAUCGAGGUCGCACCGCCCCAGGCUCAUGAGGUUCGAAUUCAGAUCUACUAUACCGGAGUAUGCCACACAGACGCAUACACACUUUCUGGCAAGGAUCCUGAGGGUGCUUUCCCCAUUGUUCUUGGGCACGAGGGAGCUGGUAUUGUUGAGUCAGUCGGCGAGGGUGUUACCAAUGUGAAGGUCGGCGACCACGUCGUCGCUCUAUACACGCCUGAAUGCAAGGAAUGCAAGUUCUGCAAGUCGGGCAAGACCAAUCUCUGCGGCAAGAUUCGAGCAACCCAGGGUAAGGGUGUCAUGCCCGAUGGCACAUCCCGAUUCAAGUGCAAGGGUAAGGACCUCCUUCACUUCAUGGGAACCUCAACCUUUUCGCAGUACACCGUCGUCGCAGAUAUCUCCGUCGUCGCCAUUCAGCAAGAUGCUCCCAUGGACCGAACAUGCCUGCUCGGCUGCGGUAUCACCACUGGAUACGGUGCGGCGAGAAUUACUGCUGCAGCAGAGGAGGGUUCCAAUAUUGCUGUGUUCGGUGCCGGCUGUGUCGGUCUGUCUGUUGUCCAAGGUGCCGUUGCACAAAAGGCGGCCAAAAUCAUCGUCGUCGAUGUAAACCCGAGCAAGGAGGAGUGGGCCAAGAAGUUUGGUGCUACUGAUUUCGUGAACCCGACCCAGCUCAAGGACCAGACCGUUGUUGAGAAGCUCAUUGAGAUGACCGACGGUGGAUGUGAUUACACCUUCGAUUGCACUGGUAAUGUCGGUGUCAUGCGCGCCGCUCUCGAGGCUUGUCACAAGGGUUGGGGUCAAAGCAUCGUCAUUGGUGUCGCUGCCGCGGGUCAAGAAAUCGCUACCCGCCCAUUCCAAUUAGUGACCGGUCGUGUCUGGAAGGGUUGCGCAUUCGGUGGUGUCAAGGGCCGAUCCCAGCUGCCCGGUCUCGUCAGCGAUUACUUGGAUGGUAAGCUAAAAGUGGAUGAGUUCAUCACUCACCGACAAGACCUGGCGCAGAUAAACACUGCCUUUGAGCAGAUGAAGGCGGGAGACUGUAUCCGUUGCGUCGUGGACAUGAAAUAG